CUUCUCUGGAAGUUCCCCUCUAGAACUAUUCUACUUUGGCGAACGCGAACGCUCCGGCGAUCUCUCAUCCCUAUAUCGAAUAAAACUUUUCGAUCGAUCACUCCGUAUAAAUACUCGGAAAAAGGGCGAGAAAUUAAUUACUUGUUCCUCUCCACUCCACGCGAUCGACCAUGGCCUCCUCCUCCUCCUCCUAUCCCCCGAUCGCCCCGCGAUCAUCGGAUCUCCACCCUCCAUUUCUCCUCUCCGAUCUCGCACGGGGCGCAUCGGGCCGGGGCGGCUGCGAACCGGGCGGGUCGGGCUCCGGCGAUGGAGCCGGUGCUGGUCCGGCUCGGCUUGGUGCGGCGGAGGACGAGGGGGAGGGGAUCCGCGGGGGCGGUGGUGUGUUGCGGAGCGGCGGGGGAGAGGAUCGGGGACGCGGAGGGGAGGGGGAGGGCGAGGGUGGCGAAGGUGGCGGCGGCGGCGGCGGCGACGGUGGUGUUGGGGACGGGGAAUCGCGUGCUCUACAAGCUCGCCCUCGUCCCCCUCAGGGACUACCCCUUCUUCCUCGCCCAACUCGCCACGUUCGGAUAUGUGGUUGUGUACUUCUCCAUCCUGUAUAUUCGCUAUCACGCUGGCAUUGUAACCCAUGAAAUGCUUUCUCUACCAAAGACGCCGUUUCUAGCUGUAGGACUGCUAGAAGCUCUAGGAGCCGCAUCUGGCAUGGCAGCUGGAGCUGUUCUUUCCGGGGCUUCAAUUCCAAUACUAUCGCAGACCUUUCUUGUUUGGCAGCUUAUCUUGUCGGUUAUUUUUCUGAGGAGACGAUACAAGUCCAACCAGCUACUAGGAUGCUUACUUGUUGCUAUUGGUGUCAUUAUAACUGUAGCAAGUGGAUCUGGUGCAAGCGUUUCGCUUAAAGGCUCUGGGAUAUUUUGGCCCCUUUUGAUGAUUACUUCAUUUUUGUUUCAAGCUGCCGACACAGUUUUGAAGGAGAUAAUAUUCUUGGAUGCUGCAAAGAAGCUGAAGGGAGGAACGGUUGAUCUUUUUGUUGUCAACUCGUUCGGAUCUGCUUACCAGGCAUUCUUUAUAUGUCUUCUUCUACCCUUUUUGUCUAAGUUGUGGGGAGUUCCAUUCCAUCUCCUGCCUACAUACAUAAGAGAUGGUGCAGCUUGUUUUCUCAAUAUAGGAUCAUUAUCGGCUGGAUGUGAAGGAGCACCGCUGCUGCCGCUUCUCUUUGUAAUAGUUAACAUGGCAUUCAACAUAUCUUUGCUACACCUUCUCAAAAUGUCUUCUGCAGUGGUAUCUUGCCUUGCUUCCACAUUUUCAGUUCCGUUGUCCAUCUACGCAUUCACACUGCCCUUACCAUACAUCGGAGUGGCGUCAUCGCUCCCAGCGGGCUUCGUUGCUGGUGCUGCAGUUCUCGUUGCCGGCUUAUUCCUCUAUUGCUUGACUCCGCUGCAGAGUCCGCCCGAACAAUCGCAACCACCGCAGCUGCUCCAAGGGUAGGGGUUAUAUUUCAUCCUGCUUCCGACGGGCGCCUCCCUUUUUGUUCCCUUCUCCCAUUUAUUUCCUCUUCACAUGUAAAUUUGUGUUUGAUCUUUGGCCGUGGGCAGAGCAAAAGUUCUCCCUAAGGCCUCUUCCCAGAAAAUAAUUCACUCAUCCUAUGAGGGGAAGAAUCAAAUACAACAUUGAUGGAAAUAGUAUUUGAUGUAGAAGAACCAACAAAUAAUCAGUAAGUGAUAAGAAGGAAUCUGUCUUUUAGUCGCUUUCCAUUUUUAUCAUCUUUCCUCUCCUUUCCUUUAAUGCUUCUGGAAGUAAAGGUGAAAGAGGAAAAGAGACAAAUGAGAGGUGUUUGCGGUCGCGAGAUACGUACCGAUGGAUGUUUUGUUUCAUUGCGGAAAGUUUGCGUUUCCGAAGGUGUUGUGAGAGGGGGCGAAAGCGAGAAAGGCGAGCAGCAGCACCAUCCCGACGGGCACUAAGAGGAGCAGCGACGGUGGCGGCGGCAGCGGAGGAAGCACCAAAGGGAGCAGUAGAAGAAUUGCCGCCAGCACCACCACCAGCAGCACUGCAUCCGAGCCGAAAUGACCUGCCAUCAAACCUUCCUCUCUUGCUCCUCCUAUCUGCGCUCUCUUCGCCUUCGAGGAGGGGGUGAAAAGAGGCUCAAACAGAUCGUCCUAUCGACCUUAAUCCCUCCAGUUUCGUUCUUGAUUUCUCUGUGUCAUCUCUCUUUAUCUCUGUUGCACAUGUGUAUCUUGCCUUGUAAGUACCAAGGAAAGGGGACAACUAAGAAUUGGACAUAAAAGAGAUGCAGGAAUCAUCAAAGAAAGAAAUGGACAUAAAGUGGUGCAGGAAUCAACGUAGGAGGAUCGACGGAAAUCUUAAGCUAUACGGUGGUAUGGAUUAAAUCGAAAGUAUUCUCCGCCUUCGGAAAUCUCAAGAUCGAACUUUUCAUUUUUCUGUCGUAACGGGAAAGAAUACUCGAAAUUUAAACUGCAACCGAUACAAAUGUCGAAUAAUUUAAUCAUCUGCACGUUACAGAUUA